CACGGUGGUGACUGUAUGUGCUGCUCUGAUGGCGCGAGUGAAACCGCCACCUGAAGCAGUUUCCCAACUCAAGACAGAACAGCGGUUAUUAAUAAUUCUGCUAAGAAAGAGUGGACAGAUUACUGCGUAUUUGCACUUAGGUCACGCACUUGAGUUAGCAGCAGGGGAAAAAACUACAACCUCCCCCCACACACACACUCACGCACACACACUCACACAUACUCACACACACCCCAGCGCGGGGGUGUAAAGGGGGAUAAAAGAGCUCGAGCGCAUCGCCACCGGACCAACCAGCGAGCAUCACCGAGACGCGCGCGCUCCCAAAAUGAGAGCUUCACUGAGUAUCAUCACUAUUCUCUGCCUGUGCAGUAUGAGCAUGUCAGCUUUGGACAUGUUCCCGGAAAAAUUUGUGGCAGGUCGGAAAGGCGGCAACGUUUCACUAAGCUGUGACAAACCCACAAAAAAACCCGUGACAUGGAAGCUUGGAGAUGAAGACCUCGACCCCAUGGAAGGUAUAAUUGAGAUCGAGGGCAACACGGUGAGGCUUCAUCAACUUGACGUAGAUCUGACUGGGAAUUACACCUGCUGGAGCGAGGGACAGGAAGUGGACUACACCUACGUCCUGCUGGACAUGUCUGACACCAUAACCGGGUCCCCUGUGUCCUGCACGGCUGAAACCUUUAACUGCACCUCCACAAUUUCCUGCACAAUGAGUGAGAAGGGCUUCCAAUAUUUCAGGCUUCGAGAUGAAAGGAGUGACUGCUGCUGGCUGAGUCCGUCCGCAGAGGGCAGGUUCUACCUGACACACGCCACCAACCCGUUUGCGGAGGAAGCCAAGCCCAUAGUGGUGAUAGGAGAAGCCGUGUCUACUCUACAGUAUUACUUUGAAACCCGCCACAGCUUCUAUGUCCGAGAUAUCAUAAGACCUGGAUGUCCUCGUGUCUCCGUGUUGAAGACAGACAACGGGAGCAUGUUGGCUGUGAAUCCUCCUGUCACCUGGACUCUGCCCCUGAGCUACUACCCUCUAGAACAUGAAAUUGAGUUUCAGAAGAGAACUAACGGAGAGAUAUCAUCACUCUUUUACACUCAACCCAACAACACGGACUCGUCAGGAGGAAGCGUCGCCAUCCCGACCGGAACCAGUAAACUGCGGGCUCGCUGCAGAGACUCUCUCCUGCUCUCACAGUGGAGUGAAUGGACUGCGUGGCAAAAUGUGGGUAAGAGAAGACCCAAAAAAGGCAAGAAACAAAAGAAAAAGGACAAGAAGAAAAAAGGCAUUCGCCACAAGAGCAGAUAAAAUCUAACUUACUGUAGUAUGAAGUUCUACACUUUCAUCUCCUCCGUUCUUUUUUCUUCAUGUAGCUAAUAGAUUUAGUGUGUGUGUGUUUAAAUAAAACCUUUGCAUUUACUCACAUCGACCAUCAGGAGGCACUGCACCUUUUACCUUUCUACAGUUUUUUUUAAGAACAAAUCUUUAUGAUGUUACACACAUUUCACAACUUGUGUGAUCUUUACCACUAAUUUGUAUUAGAUUAGCAGUGAUCAUUAAACCAGACCGUCUAUUUUAAAUUUCCUUCCAUGCAAACACAAAAAGCAGCACAUUUAUAACAUAACAGCAGCUCUGACAGUAGCGCAGCUUUAUAUUAAUACGUUAUGGUUUCUAUAGCAACAGCUCAUUCACAGAGACGUGUACAGCGUACGCUCCACUGAUAAUAAACAGAUUAAAAUAAUCAUUGAUGUGGUGAAGUUUUCUGUAAGGAGAAAUGUGUUUAUGUAACGUGUAUGGAAGGAGUCUCCAGUGUCAGCGCUUUGUAACAGUCAGAGGUAAAGCUGUAACUUUAAGUUUUCCGACAUCUUCAGGACAGAGGAGUUUACGCUUCUUUGCAGUUUCUCAGUAACAUGCGCAAUAAGCUGCAUUUUUAAUUUGUCUUAUUAACUUCAAAAGAGAGAGAAUAAAGAGACACUGGUGA